CUGGGCAACAACGCAGGACUCAAGUCCUUCUGUGAUCGCUCCUGUGGUGGUGGCUUCGACUUCACUCCUGCAGAAUCAGCCACCCUGUCACCUAGAGUAUUUAUUCCCAGAGUCUGUCACCAUGGAGACAGUCAACAGUAGAGAAUCCAAGAUCCUGGCUCUGCUCCCUGGGGGCUGAGAGUGGACUCUCAGGGCCCGUGGAUCCCCUGAAGCCAGCAGGCGUCAUCCACUGCUCACGCAAGAAGGCAGCUGAGCAGCAAGACAAGGCAUCUUCGACUCAACAACUCCUAACGUCUCCUGCUCCCGGAAACCACACACUGGGCCAGUAGUCAACGACACCUGGGCCAGAGUCUCAGCAUGUUCUGGACGGCAGUAAGUCCACAGUCAUUCUCUACUCCAAGCUGGCAGAUUGAAGCCAAGUAUUCGACCAGAGUGCUCACCGGAAACUGGGUGGAAGAGAGGAAGAAGUUCACCAGGGCCACCGAGACGACGCUUCAGAGCCUCUACAGAAAAGAUUACGUCCCCAUCCUGGGCCACCAGCCGGACCUGAUCUCCAGGUGGUAUGGGAAGAGGAGAAUUGAGGGGCUCCCGUACAAACACCUGAUCACCCACCACCAGGAGCCCCAGCACCGCUACCUUAUCAGCACCUAUGACGACCACUACAACCGGCACAACUACAACCCCGGCCUGCCUCCGCUGCGUACCUGGAGCACCCAGAAGCUGCUGUGGCUGCCGGAGAAGGCCGACUUCCCCCUUCUCGCCCCGCCCACCAACUAUGGCCUCUUGGAGCGGCUGAAGCAGAGCUGGCUGGCGCCCAAGGCUGGCCCGAGGGAGAGCGUCUAUACCUCGUCCUACCCCAGGCCGCCGCUGUGCGCCCUGUCCAGGCGGGAGCAUGCCAUCCCCGUCCCUCCCCCACGCCUGCACCCCAUCCCACAGUUGUGAGAAGUGUCCCCCAGCCUGAGGCACGCAGAGACCCAGGCCGGCCGGGGAAGGGGUUCCCCAGCAACAGGUGCGCUGUGUGCUCCUGUCUUGUCCACCCAAUUAAAGCUCUUUGACGCGA